AAAUGUACGAAAAUUUAGUGAUAUGGAAGCUCUUAUAACGUCAGUUGUUUGAGUAAGUGAACAUUCAAAAUAAAGGAUUGAAUACAUAUGAGUAAAAAAUAUUUACCAUGCGAUUUUGUCAGUUACAGACGUUCUUUAUCUUAGCUUCUGCUUUUUAUGGAAUAUACAGAGUAACUUCAUUGCAACAUGGAGAUGUUUGUACAUGCAAUACACAAAGCCCUUCAACAAAAUCAAGCUCAUCCUCUACGUCCCCUUCUACGACUCAAAAGCUUACUACUUCUACAAGCAAUAAUGAAACAACUACCACUCUACCAGAUACAACUACCACAUCACUGACUUCUACUACCACUUUUCCAGAUACAACUACUACAUCAGCGACUUCUUCUACCACUCUACCAGACACAACUAUCACAUCACCGACUUCUACCACUCUACCAGAUACAACCGCCACAUCACCGACUUCUACUACCACUCUAGCAGAAACAACUACCACAUCACCGACUUCUACUACCACUCUUCCAGAUACAACUACCACAUCACCGACCUCUACUACCACUUUACCAGAUACAACUACCACAUCACCGACUUCUUGUACCACUCUUCCAGAAACAACUACCACAGCACCGACUUCUAUUACCACUCCAUCAGAUACAACUACAACAGCAACGACUUCUACUACCACUGAACCAGAUACAACUACAACAGCACCGACUUCUACUACCACUCUUCCAGAUACAACUACCACAUCACCGACUUCUACUACCACUCUACCAGAUACAACUACCACAUCACCGACUUCUACUACCACUCCACCAGAUACAACUACAACAGCACCGACUUAUACUACCACUCUUCCAGAUACAACAACUACAGCACCGACUUCUACUACAACUCUUUCAGAUACAACUACUACAGCACCGACUUCUACUACCACUGAACCAGAUACAACUACCACUGCACCGACUUCUACUACCACUCCACCAGAUACAACUACCACUGCACCGACUUCUACUACCUCUCCACCAGAUACAACUACCACUGCACCGACUUCUACUACCACUCCACCAGAUACAACUACCACUGCACCGACUUCUACUACCAUUGUACCAGAUACAACUACAACAGGACCGACUUCUGCUACCAUUAAUGUAACAACUAUUAGAAGAAAGAAGCGGGAUGCAAACGAGAGAGAACGAUCUGGUUUCUGGAGAAAUGGGCAUUGUGAUUGCAAUAAACAUGCAUCUUCAAGUUUCAAUAUCGGUAGUGUAACCGUCUCCAUACAGCUGCAAUUAUCAUUAACAAAAGCGACGUUUAAUGAAUCGAUGAAGUUGACAUACGAACUUGAAUUUAAAGACCUGCUCACUCAGUUAUACAAAAAUACGGACAAGUUUCAACGAAUAAACAUAAUAGACGUGAAAAAGGGAAGUAUUGUCUGUGACUAUGAAGUCAUUUGCCAAGGAGACGUAAAUCUCACGGAUAUAAAGAAAACUACAAGUGGCAUGGCAGAUGCAGAUCAUCCUACGAAUUUUACUUUUUGCAAGGAUUGUGCCCUGGCUGUAAAUAGAACGUCUAUCGAACACGCUUUGCAGAACGGUAAUGUAGUUUCUCAGUUGCCGCCGUACAAUUAUUGA